GCGCAUGCGCGCCCUGAAAGGCUCUGAGAAUACACUUUUGACAUGGCAGACAGGGACUGGCCUGGAUCUGCGAAGAGUUUGAAAGGCGUCAUAUUGGACAUGUGUGGCGUAUUAUAUGACAGCGGAGAGGGCGACGGAGUUGCCAUACGUGGCUCCGUUGAAGCUGUGAAGAAGCUCAAGGCGUCUGACCUGCAGCUGCGGUUCUGCACCAAUGAGACCCAGGCCAGCAGAGAAACGUUUGUGGCCAAACUGGGCAGACUGGGAUUUGACAUCUCUGUGUCUGAAGUUUUCUCUCCCGCUCCUACAGCCGUGACUGUGCUCAAAGACAGAGGCUUACGGCCUCACCUGCUGGUGUAUGACGGACUUCUCUCUGAGUUUGACAGCGUUGACAAGACCAACCCAAACUGUGUGGUAAUAGGAGACGCAGCUGAGAAGUUUACCUACCAGAACCUCAAUGAGGCUUUUAGGGUUCUCAUUGGCUUAGAAAACCCAGUGCUCUUCUCUCUGGGCCAAGGGAGGUACUAUAAGGAGACAGAUGGCCUGAAGCUGGAUGUUGGCGUUUACAUGAAGGCACUGGAGUAUGCCUGUGAUUUAAAGGCUGAAGUCAUUGGAAAACCAUCCCCAAUGUUCUUCCAGAGUGUUCUCACAGACAUGGGGCUUCAGCCACAUGAGGCACUGAUGAUUGGGGAUGACUUGGUGAACGAUGUGGGUGGUGCCCAACACUGUGGAAUGAAAGGCGUGCAAGUCAGAACUGGCAAAUACAGGCCCAGCGAUGAGAGGCACCCCACUGUGAGCGCGGACGGCACUGUGGACAACCUGGCCCAGGCUGUGGACAUGCUCCUCAGUCAGAGGGGGCUCUGAGAGGUGUGGACACUGGGACCUCCACACACUCUGGCCCGGGGUCUCACGGGUUUGCUGUGGUAGCGUCGCAUAGCUCUAAAGGGAAGGUACACUAAAACAACAUUAAUACUGUAGCUCCUCUAACUGCCGCAGCUCAAUCUCCUGUGACAUAUGGGACACACCCAACCACCGGAUGAUCCACAUGCUGUAGUGUAAAACCAGCGAUUAUAUCGAGGUCUGCAGAGGCCUUCAAACACACACUCUGCACUGUGCAUUCGUCAGUGCAUGAUUGGAAUAGAUAAGAUACCGCAACAUGACAUGAACGUGCCUGUAAGCAGCUGCUAACUGACUGUUAGAGGGGAUGAAUGUGUUCACUCUCGCUGCUAAUGUUACACAUUCAGGGAGCUGUGUGCGCUCUUUAAUAAACGUCUACUGUGAAGCAUUCACAGAAGUGUACGUGUAACACUCAAUGAUGUACAUAGCGUGUUGUUGUGGUUGCUUUGUUGAAUCAUGCACAACUUCAGUAACCUAGCACUGGUUGUUAUAAAUAAACUUCUUUUACUA